CGGAUGGCGGGGCAUCUGCAAAUCAUCUCACCUGGGCAGUAACUUGCUGGCCUUAUGCCGGUAAUUACAGGGCGUAAAGUAUAAUAAUUGACACUGUAACUUCUCCCUUGACUCAUAAAUGGGGGGCAGGGUCAAUCUGACCUUUAUAAGUCUUCUUCUCUUAUUUUAACAUUCUCACCGGAGCUAUAGGGUAGCUUGAAAACGUUAGGAUCAGGACACACAGCUAUUAAAUACAAGCUUACACCCCUCAAGCUUGCUUGGCUGGCCAGCAACCGACACAAUGGCGGAACAGCAAGACCAAGCUCUCCCUAUAGUGGACAUCAAGCCAAUUCUCCAACGUCUAUGGCCUGAUCCGGCAAAGGAGAACGUAACAGCUAAAGAAAUAGCUGAUGCGAUUGCCCUCGUCUUCACCAACCAACUCAGUCCCGUUCAAACCGGAUCACUACUAACAGCUCUACACUUCACUGGCUGGGAUCGCCGAGCCGAUGUCCUUGCUGAAGCAUCUGCCGCUAUGCGCCGACAUGCCGCCAAGAUUGAUUCUGCGGGUCUCGAGGCUGUUGUUGCUAAACGAAGGAGGCCAGAGGGCAAGUAUAACGGCGGACUGUGCGACAUCGUAGGCACCGGCGGCGACUCCCACAACACCUUCAACAUAUCCACAACAUCCUCCAUCCUCGCCUCCUCUCUCCUCCUCCUCGCAAAACACGGCAACCGCGCCUCAACCUCAAAAUCCGGCUCCGCCGACCUCCUAAUGAACAUGCGUCCGACACCCGCACAACUAAACCGCAUAAGCCCCUCCACAAUCACCUCCGUAUACGCCGCAAGUAACUACGCCUUCCUCUUCGCCCCCGUCUUCCACCCAGGAAUGCGCCACGUAGCCUCCGUCCGGCGGGAACUAGGCUGGCGCACAAUCUUCAACCUCCUAGGACCCCUCAGCAACCCUCUCGGCGACGCAAUCGAAGCCCGUAUGCUGGGCGUAGCGCGCGACGACCUAGGUCCCGUAUUCGCAGAAGCGUUACGACUAGCCGGUGCGCGCAAAGGUUUAGUCGUAUGCGGUAAAGAACAACUCGAUGAAGUAUCAUGCGCGGGUCCGACACUCUGUUGGCAAUUAGUAGAACAUGCUAGCGGGGCUAUCGAUGUCGAGCAUUUUACUCUUGAACCCGCGGACUUCGGACUUAGCGCGCAUCCCUUGAAUACCGUGUCACCCGGGAAAGAACCACAUGAAAACGCCGAGAUAUUGCGGAAAUUACUGCGUAAUGAAUUACCCCCCAACGACCCGAUCCUCGAGUUCGUGUUGAUGAACACAGCGGCGUUUUUAGUAGCGGCAGGCGUAUGUGAGGCUAAUACGAGUUCGAUGGGGCCGGGCGAUGAUGGAAAUGUGAUUCAUGAGCGAGGACCUGGAGGCGGACGCUGGAGGGAGGGUGUACGGCGCGCGAGGUGGACGGUGGAAAGUGGGGAGGCGUGGAAGCAGUGGGAGGCUUUUGCUGAGGUGACGAAUAAGUUGCCUGCUUAAACUAAAUAUUAUAUGAUGCAUGGCAUGGGGUCAUGUGGAUUUACAUGAAGGGUUUUCUACUAUUUUCCCCCUUGAUGAGCGGAGAUACCAGGGAAACAAAAAUCGAGAGUUCAUCAUAACUUGUAGCUAUGAUAUUAUGUCGAGCGGAUGGAACUGGAUGUGAAAAGAGGGAAGGGAAAUUUAAAGGAUAUCUAGGUACCAUAGACGGAAAUGGGAAAUAUAUAUUUAGUCACAUACCUAUCCCUUGAGCUUCGGAUGUGUAAUGUUGCCUAAUAUUUACGAGUACAGUAGAAAGGAGGUUAAAACGAAAUACAUGUAUGUUGGUGAUA